AUGGAAACUAAAUUUACUUAUCUUGAACCAUCAUUAGAGAAGCAAUUGAAAGGGCAUAAAAAUGCUAUCACUGCAUUAUAUUUCAAUCCCAAUGAACAACAGAUUGCCAGCAGUUCACUGGAUAAUAGUGUUUUGUUGUGGGACCUUCGGGGUACUAUGAGAAGUUAUAGAUUCCAAGGUCACGAUGAAGCUGUAAUGGAUGUAACAUUUUCACCUUCAGGGAAGUAUAUGGCAUCUGCGUCACGGGAUAAAACUGUUAGAUUAUGGGUACCCACUGUCACUGGCAGCACAGGCAUGUUUAAGGCACACUCUCAGACUGUACGCUCCGUGCAGUUUAAUUGUGAUGGAUCUAAGAUAAUCACUGCCUCUGAUGAUAAAAUAGUUAAACUCUGGUCAACUGAAAAGCAUAAAUUUAUUGCAUCAUAUGUUGGACACACUAAUUGGAAAGGUCAUAGUCUAUGCCUAGCAUGGCAUCCAUCUGGCUGCUAUGUAGCUGUAGGAACAUCUCAUGGUAAUGUUAAACUGUAUGAUGUCAGGACACACAGCCUUGUGCAAUAUUACAGUAUACAUAAUGAUGCAGUAACUCAGAUUGCAUUCCAUCCGAGUGGCAGUUAUAUAUUAACGUCUAGCAAAGAUGGGAAAAUGAAGAUACUUGAUUUACUUGAGGGUCAUCCGAUAUUCACUUUGAGUGGGCACACGGGUGCUAUCAAUACAGUUAACUUUUCAGCUAGUGGUGAAACAUUUGCCUCAGCUGGUGAUGAUAAAUUGGUUUUUAUCUGGAAAACAAACUUCACUGAACUUGUUAAUGAUGUCAAGGAAAAUAUUCCCCAAACAAUGUCAACAAUACCUAAGUCUGCUUCCCAAACGUCUAAGCUAACUUCAGCAUCAAGAGGAAAAUCUCAGGGUACAAGAAUUUGGUCUAUGUGCUAUCACAAUACACAGCUGCCGGAGACUAACUUUGUCCACCUUGAUGAUGUACAUGAAUCAACACAUAAUACAAUGAACUUUGCAAGUUUCUCAGAAGAGCCACCUAAUGCUAACAGUUCUCUGAUUGAACCAAGAAUAUGUAGUCAAACAGAUCCUUGUAUCAGACAGACAUCUGUUUUUGAUGAAUCCAUCCAAGAAACUUGUGACAGGCCCCAUAGUUGUCCAAUACGUGAUUGUCACACUCAUGAUGUUGGCCAUAUGAGCCAUAUCCCUCGUAUCCCACCUACCCCAGCUACAUUCACAGUCCCUUCUGUAACAAACAAGUCAAUGUUGCCAAUGCAUGGACAUGUGGAAGAUCUUUUUGGUAUGAUAAAGUUGCAAGACAAUGAUGUGUGUUAUACUAGUGGCCAAUAG